UCUCCUUGCCCUGUAUCUGAACAGCUCAAUAAGAUCUCAACUCGCAUCGCCCAGAAUCAUAUCGAGUUCUUAACCGGAAUCUCCACCCUCUGCCUACUCUUCUUCAUCUCUACCACCCGAAGCAUAUCACCACCUCGAAAAUGCCUCCCAAAAGAGUCGCAAUCCAGCCUGCGCGCCGAACCCAGCCCCAGGGUUACCUCGGCUCCAUCUACCACACCUUAACAUCAGAAGAGAAUGCCAGUGUGGUCCUCAGCGUUGCUAUGUUUGGGGUAUGUACGAAUUUCGCACCGGGCAUGUUAUAUCAGGUUCAGCACGAGCACGAGCACAAGAGCCCUUUCCGUAUGAGCGACUGAGGAAACAAGAACAGAAUCGAAACGAGUGUGAAAACUCGGUGUCGGUUUCUGCUGUUCCCAUAGCAAUUGAUAACUUGAUCCCAAAAGUCCUUCUUGGAGAGAGACGCUAACAACACCUCGUCCAGGCUGCCGUCGCUUUCUUCAACUCUGAAUGGAGUGAGAUGCUCCUGCCCGGCUUCUAAACCCUCCUUGUACCACUUAUCCAUGUACGACACCGACUACUCUACUCUUGUCAUGAUUCAGGUCAGCUCGGCGGGCACCUUGUAGACGCCAGGUGGAGGAUAUACGGCAAAAAAAGAAAGCGCUUAAAUUAUGGCGUUCCAGCUGGUGCGCAACCACGGCCACCUCGAGAGACACAAACACAAACGUUAAGGAAUGGUGGAAGGGCUGUGGUUGGCCUUUGCAGGGAGUAAUCUCCAGAAAGACUGCCACACGCGGCAGUACCGGUUCUAGAAGAUCGAGGAAGAGCUGCUUGACAAGUGUCGCAAACGAAGGACCUUGCACAGGUCAUUAUAUUGCUGAAGGGAGGUCCUUUGGCUUGUACAAAUAUUUAAUGCAACCCGUCAAGUUUGGAAUCAAAGUAUUACUCUUCCACCGCAUCCAGUAGGCGAUUUUUAUUCUCGACUAU